AUGACCACGUCAGGAUUGUGCAAUACUGAAUCUGACCCAACGACGAAGGCGUCACAAUCUGCUGAAGAUGAACAAUGUGAAAUAAAUAGUGACAUUCUCCCAAGUGUUUUAGAUGAAGAAAAUGGUAAUAAGCGAUUUGUCAAAGCAAAUUGUCGGAUACAUUUCAGGAAUGUUUUUAAUAAUUUAAAUGACCAUUCUCUGGAGCAACCGGCAACUUGGAACCAUAAAGUUCUAUUGAUAAAAUCUGUUAUCAAAUACUACGCUGAUGUACGCCUUCAUUAUCUUCAUAAAAAUGUUAAUAAAAUAACAAAAAGGCAAAAGUAUAAUAAAUUGAUUUUGUUUCAAGGAGAAUAA